AUGUAUGCUCUACAAUGUAUAAUUAAUUCUUCAUUAGAUGAUUCUGGAGGUGGCAUGACUCCUAACAAAUCUAAAAAAUCAUCUGUCCAUGACACUAUAGUUGAUCCAGUUACAGCUUUACCCCCAGCACGUAAGCCAAGAAGCAACGCAACAUCUUCUAAUGUUAUGAAAAAAAUUGAAGCAAAGUUGAGGUUAGAAAAUCAAAAGGUGUCUAACAUAAUUUUUCGACACCCUAUCUCAUUUGGACAAGGCCUAGUUCAUUAUGAAUUGUUAAAUGUUGAAGACGACGAAGAUGUUGAACUCAUGUUUGAUGUUUAUAAACAGUGGCUGCAACUCGGAUUUAUCGAGUUAUAUGUCACAUUUGAGGAUGGUAAUCCAUUAUACGAUAUUGGUCAACCAUCAUCCUCAACCACGCCUCACCCUGAAUACCAUUUUGAAACACAAAACACUUAUUCUUUUCAAAAUAAUGAAUCUUACCAACCCGACACAUACCAACCCGAACCAUACUUUGACCAGGCCGAAACAUCUGAACCUGAACCAUCCCAACCUGAACCAUAUAUUCCACUAGGUGAUAUGGCCGAUUUUGAUCAACAAGAAAUAAGUGGAGAGAGUGAAGAAGAAACAUACUUUGAUGAAGACGAGGACGACGAAUGUGACAACGACAAUGGUGACGAUCUAGAGCUAACAUACGAUCCACCAUUCCAUAUGUGUAAUCUAAAUUUGGAUUAUACUUACCAAUAUUCCGAAUUUGAUAUGCCAUCUAAUGAACCACCUCCAUUAGAUGCAUCUCUUGAGAUUGGAAUGAAGUUUAAUAGCAAACCAGAUUGUCAACUUGCAAUUAAGCAUUAUCACAUAAAAUACUCCCUCAAUUACCGUGUAGUGAAAUCUGAUCAAUACAUGUAUGUAAUUAAAUGUGUCAAUCCACAAUGCUUGUUCAAAUGCACGACUUCAUUAAGUCAAAAAAGUAAGCAAUGGGUGAUUGGUCGUUUGAAAGGGCCCCACGAUUGCGCAAAUUCUUCUAUGUCACAGGAUCAUACCAAACUCGACUCUAACAUCAUAUGUGAAAGCAUAAAGUCGCUUUUGAAAGUUGACCCAUCAAUUAAAGUGAAGGUGAUCAUUGCACAUAUUCGGGAACGAUACAACUAUACAAUCACCUAUAGAAAGGUAUGGAUGUCAAAGAACAAAGCUAUCGAAAUGAUUUAUGGGAAUUGGGAAAAGUCUUAUAAUGACAUUCCAAGGUGGUUGUUGACUAUGCAAAAAUUUCUUCCAUGA